AUGUCAGAUACAUUGACUAUUGAUCAAAUAAGAUCUAAAUUGAGAGCAGGAGAACUAUUUUUAAAAGAGAAGCAAGGAGGAAGAAGUGAUGUUUGGGCGACAGGAUUUCUUGUGUAUGAUGUUUUCCUAAGUUCUGGUCUUAGUAUUAGGUGA